CCCGGCUCACCGACGUGCCUACGUGGCGUCCAUAUUGGGGAGGUCGAUGUUCCCAUCAAAGCCAAUGCAUGGACAUUGAAAUUAAAUUGAAACCGGUUUACACGAGGUUUACUUUUUUGUCAGCGUCUAAGCGUGUGAUAUCAAUAAGUAACCUUUUUAAGCCCCCAAAAUAUGUUUAGCUUGGAAAAUGUAACUGCAUCGUUGGUCUUCCGUUUUCUUGCUUCCACACUCAUGCGCUGACGACUUUGACCCUCCUAACUCUAAAUGGGAAUGUCGUUUUCGCCUAUAUAAAUAUAUCUAUGGAAAGGUACAUGUUUGUCCAAGUGGCUUUUCCGUAUAACUUACUCUUUUUUUUAUUCCGUGUACGUUUUACGUAAUCACACGUGCUUCACUAACUAAUUAUGCUAACUCAGUAUUGAACGCAGUUAAGCUUCGACACAAUAAUUUACUGGACCAAAUAAACUAAGUAACAAGUACUCGAGUCUAGAUGAUCUUGUCUCAGUGCACGUUGAAGCUUUUCGGAUAGGUUAGCUUGCUAGCUGCUAACAAAGAGUCUCGUUUGCAACACAUCACUGAGCGGAGAUCAAAUGCGAGUGUCAAGUUUUGUGAUUACCGCGUGAAAAUGUGUGCAAAGCUUGUGAAAGAAGGGUACGACGAGGAACUGGACGCUGUUUUCAAGAAGUCUCAAAAUGUCUUACACAAUGCAGACAUCAGUACAAAAUAUCUUCAUCCUGAGCAGCAGGAAUGGAGCUUCGGGGUGGAGCGGCAGGGGCCAGAGCCCCCUCACAAUGAAGUGGAAGACGCACCAGAGACCCUGGCCAUUAAACAGGAGGAGCAGGAGACUGAUAUUGCCAAGUUUCCAUUGAUUGUUGUGAUUGUGAAGAGUGAAGAUGAUGACAAAGGAGAUGUCAGUGAAGAUUUUCAUUUUGUACAGCAGGACUGGAACUUCAGGGUGGAGCAGCAGGAGCCCCAACACAUGAAAGACAAAGAGAAACCAGAGCUCCCCCACAUUAAAUUGGAAGAACAGGAAGAGGACAUGAAGUUGUUAUUGACUCUUGUCCCUGUAAAAAUUCAAGAUGAGGAAGUCAAAGGUCAGAGUGAAGAGAACAGAGGGACGGAGCCUCUGAGCAGCAGUUCAAGUCAACACAUGACAACAGAAGCUGAUGGAGACCACUGGAGAGGAUCACAAGCAAACGCCCUCUUAGCGCCACUUUCAGAUUGUGACAACAUAAUGUCACGCUCUUCUGACACUGAUGAUGAACACUCUAAAGAUGACAUGACAUGUCACACUGACAACAAACGUGUGAAAUGUUCUCAAUGUGACAAAACAUUUUUCAAUAAGUCAUCGUUGAAAAGACACAUGAGAACACACACUGGAGAGAAACCUUACAGGUGCUCAGAUUGUGGUAAAAGAUUCAGUCAGAAGGCAGAUUUAAAUAUACAUAUUGGGGGUAAACGUUUUGCCUGCUCAUUUUGCCCUUUAAGUUUCAGUAAGCGUUGUAAUUUAAUAACACACACAAGAACACACACUGGGGAGAAACCUUUUGCCUGUUCAGACUGCACCUUAAGUUUCAGUGUACGUUCAGCAUUGGCUCAGCACAUGAAAACACACACUGGGGAGAAACCUUUUUCCUGCUCAGUUUGUGGAAAAAGAUUCACACAAAGUAGCAAUUUGACAACACACAUAAGAAGUCACACUGGUGAGAAACCAUUUAGUUGCAGUGCGUGUGAUAAACAAUUCACUUAUAAGUAUCAGAUGAACAAACACAAGUGUGCUGGUGAGAAGAGAAUCAAUAAAUGAAGCUUCAAAAGUAAGUUAACCCUGAAGAAACUUGGACUAUCAACAUCAGAACAUUUGAGUUGCUGGUAAAAUGGGAAAGUCUAUUUGUGAUUCUGAUUAAAAUGCAAGUCAAACGGA